CAGAAUAAGAGGGGACACCACAGUGUACAACACGUAUGAAACAGCUUUCAAUUGCCCUUCCGGGUUCGAUUGUUCUUGCCUGUCAGGAAGAGUAGUCGAUGGCUGAGUGUGCUCUGUAGUCUCUUAUGUGGCUUGGUGUGGCACUUUACGGGGGAUAGAAUGUUGGAUUUUGCAAUUUUCGCCAUCACCUUUCUCCUUAUCCUGGUUGGGGCCGUGCUAUAUCUCUACCCGUCCUCUAGACAAGCUUGUGGAAUCCCUGGCCUCACCCCUACAGAGGAGAAUGAUGGGAAUCUACAGGAUAUUGUGAGCAGUGGGAGCCUACAUGAGUUUCUAGUUAACCUGCACGAGAAGUUUGGUCCUGUUGCUUCUUUCUGGUUUGGUCGUCGCCUGGUUGUCAGUCUGGGUUCUCUUGACUUGUUGAGACAGCACAUUAACCCUAACAAGACUUCUGAUCCUUUUCAAAUGAUGCUGAAAUCCUUGUUGGGUUAUCAGUCAGGUGCCAUCGGGGAGGGAGCUGAGAGUCACAUACGGAAAAAACUUUAUGAGAAUGGCAUCAACAAGUCCCUUCAGAGCAACUUCAGCAUUAUUCUAAAGCUGUCUGAAGAAUUACUAGCAAAAUGGAGCUCGUAUCCACAAUCACAGCAUGUGCCACUCUGCCAACACAUGCUUGGGUUUGCCAUGAAAUCUGUUACACAGACCGCUAUGGGGAGCAGCUUUGAAGAUGAGCGCGAGGUGAUCCACUUCCGAAGGAACCAUGAUGCAAUUUGGGCAGAAAUUGGAAAAGGUUUCCUGGAUGGAUCGAUAGAGACAAGUGUGAAUCGCAAAAAGCUUUAUGAAGAUGCUCUUUUGGAGAUGGAAACAGUGCUAAAGAAAGCUAUUAAGGAGCGCAAAGGAAAGAACCCUGGUAGGCAUGUGUUCAUUGACUCUUUACUCCAAGGCAACAUCGGUGACAAGCAGGUGCUUGAAGACAGUAUGAUCUUCUCCUUGGCAGGAUGUGUGAUCACAGCUAACUUGUGUACAUGGGCAAUUUAUUUCCUGACAACGUCAGCUGGAGCUCAGGACAAGCUGUACAAAGAAGUGACACGGGUAUUUGGAAAAGGACCUAUCACUAUAGAUAAAAUAGAACAGCUCAGUUACUGUCGGCAAAUAUUAUGUGAAACAGUACGUACAGCACGCCUGACUCCAAUUAGUGCCCGACUCCAAGACCUUGAAGGCAGAGUAGAUCAGUACGUCAUCCCUAAAGAGACUUUAGUGUUGUAUGCCCUUGGCGUGGUGCUACAAGACAAUACAGCCUGGCCAUCCGCCUACAGGUUUGAUCCUGAUCGUUUUGAGGAAGACUCAGCCUUGCAGAAUCUAGCUUUGUUGGGAUUUUCUGGAACCCAGGAAUGUCCAGAGCUAAGAUUUGCCUACAUGAUUGCGACUGUUCUUCUAUGCGUGCUGGUGAGGAAACUUAAUUUACUUCCUGUGAAAGGACAAGUCAUGGAGACAAAGUAUGAACUGGUCACAUCACCAAAAGAAGAGGCCUGGAUUACUGUGUCAAAAAGAAGUCAAAGUAACUAGCGUGUCCCACCCACGGGGAAAGUCUUCCCUAAGCUGAUCCUCAAGCAAUAUAAUUAAUAUUGGCUUGGUGCUAGGGACACAAUAAUUUGAGUUUCUGCAGACUAAAUUAGCACCUGAAUCACAAAGGAAAUAGUAGAUGUCAACAUCCAAGACUUUAAAUCCUUUGCCCUAAUUUACAGACAGUCCACAUGGUUCCCCUAAGCUAAGACAGGCUGUGCUGCUAAAUCAGCAGCUUUCCUUAUAAAACUUCUGUCAUUGUAAAUCAGGAGACAACAGCUUGGUGUUUCACAUCAGGAGAUAAAUAUGCUCCCUUUAUAGGAUUUGCUGCAAGGUUUGAGACAGGAUUUUAGAUGUGCACAAGAGUUUCUCAUGGAUAAGUAAUAAAGAUCAGAUCCUACAAGUCUCUCACAUGCACACAGCCUUGCCUAAGAUCACACUGUUUUAACACUUUGGUUGCCAAAGGUGCUUCAACAUAUGCAGACCUCUUUCUGUCACUAUGUGUUUGUACACUGUUUCUUCCCAAUAUCAUGUAUACACUUUUUAAAUGAAUAAUGUCACUACUAGAACUCUACUUUAAAGAGGCAGAGCCUGAGAGAAAUACAGUUUUUGUUAUGAACAAUUAAAAAAAAUUUUUUAAAAAAAAUCUGUUUUUAUUGGUAUAAAAUCUUACAUUUAAUGGAAUAUUUAGAAAAUUAUUAACUUCAAAAUACUCCUUUUGUACUAUGUUCUCAUUAGCACAGUACCUAGAAAACGCACAAGGUUACAACAGUUCCAGGUAGUACUACCUAUGGUCUUGUAUUAUUUUUUCAAAGCACAAGUACUAUUUGAAGCUAUCUGAGGAAAAAAUCUUCCUUAUAAAUUAUUAUGUAACUAGCUCAGUUGAAUCUGAUUUUAUUAUUUGAGGGUAACAAACCCAUAGUUCAUUACUUUGUAACCUAUUUCACCAAAAUGAUGAUGUCUCUUGUGAAGCUCUGAAGGAGAAGCAUAAAACGUUUGUUUGAAUCAUUUGAUUGGUUGUUUACAAAAGUCUUGUAUCAUUCAAGUAGAAUGUUAUUGUUGUGCCAUCUUACUAAUCUUAAAGGGACAUUAAAGUCAACAUAUCGCCAAUAUUAUGUUUAAAUGAGGAAAAUAAAACUUUACAUGUU